CCGGCGACCUGGGGACGUCUGGACAGAAGUCGUUUUUUCCUGCCACUAAAAAGCAAAAAGCAAAGCAGUGACGCCGCCUGGUGGUGGAAUGAUGGCUGUGAGACCCCGGAAGUGAAGCCCGGAAGCCGCUGUAGCUUUUCACACACCAUCACACCGUUAUGUUGUGUUGUGUUGUUCGAGUAACUUAAUUAAUAUGGGACUGCGGUCAAAUGUCACGGUGCUGAGAAAUAGAAGGAAGCUGUUUGAAAGCGCAGCGGGACCUCUGGUUUGACCUCGUGCGGUGGGUGGGGAGGGUCGCGAUUGUCUCACCAUGUUGGUGACGGCGUACCUCGCCAUCAUCUUGCUGCUCGCCCUGUGCGUUGGCCUGGAGCUCGCGGGGCGCCGCCUGGUCCCACCUCAGUCUACUCCUGCCGUGGCCAACCCCGUCUUCCGUCGCUUCCAGAGCGUGUUCCUCCGGGCGUACCUUUUGGCUCUGUGGGCAGACUGGCUCCAGGGCCCUUACCUCUACAAGCUGUACCGUCACUACAGCUUCCUGGAAUCCCAAAUAGCCAUCUUGUACGUGUGUGGCCUGGCCUCCUGUGUCCUCUUUGCUCCCUUCUCGGCCUGGCUGCCUCAGGUCUUGGGUCGCCGACAGACGUGUCUUCUCUUCUGCCUGUCCUACUGUGCUUGUUGUCUCACCAAGCUGUCCAGAGACUACUUUGUUUUGAUUUUUGGUCGCAUCCUGGGGGGUCUGUCCACGUCCCUGCUCAGCACCACGUUUGAAGCCUGGUACGUGCACCGUCACGUGGACGUACACGACUUCCCCAAGGAGUGGAUCCCCGGUACCUUCACCAAGGCCGCUACCUGGAAUCACGGGCUCGCCGUGGGAGCCGGGCUGGUGGCCAACCUGCUAGCCGAGUGGCUUCACCUGGGGCCGGUGGCUCCCUUUCUCCUGGCCGUGCCUUGCCUUGUGGGCUGUGGCUGGGUGGUGCUGACCGACUGGGGCAAGGAAGAGGCUGGGGACGGCCCCAAAGGGGAUGAACAAAAACUGACCCAUGGCCCUCCAAGUGGAGGCGUGACCCGUUUGUCGGCAAGGACUCGUCUCUCACGCAGCUGCCAUGAUGGUUUGCGUUGCCUGCUGUCAGACAGGAGAGUCAUGCUCUUGGGUGGAGUGCAGGCUCUGUUUGAAAGUGUGCUUUACAUUUUCGUUUUCCUGUGGACCCCGGUGCUGGACCCUCAUGGAGCUCCUUUGGGAAUAGUGUUCUCUUGCCUGAUGGCCGCCAGCAUGGCCGGCUCCUUGCUGUACCGCGUGGCCACCUCUACGCACUAUCGUCUGCAGCCCGGCCACGUCCUCUGCCUAGCCGUGCUGAUGGCCUUCUUCUCCCUCUUCAUGCUGACCUUCUCAACGACCCCGGGCCAGCCCAGACCUCAUGAAUCAUUCCUGGCCUUCCUGCUUCUGGAGUUGGCCUGUGGCCUCUAUUUCCCCGCUGUUAGCUUUCUCCAGGCCAGGGUGAUCCCAGAGGAGAAGCGGGCUAGUGUGCUGGCCUGGUUCAGACUGCCCCUGCACCUGCUGGCCUGCAUAGGGCUGCUGGCGCUUCAUGGGGAGAUCUCGGGAACAGGCGGCGGGGAGGAGGGCACCGGCACCAGACACAUGUUUGGAGGCUGUGCAGUAAUGAUGCUGGCCGCUUUGAUGGCUGUAGUCAGUCUCUUCACUCUGGGCAGAAAUGACACGGAACUGAGGCUGGAGACGGAAGGAACUAGAGACGAGGGGGAGAUGUACUGAGGAGAUGAACAACAUAUUCAUUUAUGAUUGAAUGCCUUUUUGUUUUUGUGCGGCUAAAAGUAGAAACCUCAUGCGUUCCAAUGUUCAUUAGUUUAUAGUUUGCCAAAUUCAUGACUGGAGGGUAUCUACACCUACAUUUAUUGUUAUUUUUGUGUUGCUUCUUAGUUGUUAUUUUGGGGGGGGGGGGGGGACUUUUAUACCUAUCCUGUCUGUGUACAGCUGCUUUGGAAAAACCGCCAUAUCAACCGUCAAUUGUCAAGUAAACUGUUGUUCUAUUCCAGAUGACGCAUUUCUACCCAACUGUGUGCAGAUCUACUGGUGUGUUUCACACAAUAUGAUUAAUUUAAUGGACAUGGGGAUCAGUAGUCUUAAACAAUCCAUCUUAUAUUACAAAAAAACUUUUGUAAAAAGAGUUGACAGAGUUGUUUAAUAAAUAUGAAAACAAUAAGCUCAUGACAGCUUGUAUCCGCCAUGCAGUAUCUGAUCGUCUGUUCUUGCAUUACUUUGUUUAAUUUAAUUUCAAAGAAGAAUCUGUUUUGCAUUGAAAGCUGCUUCUGCCUCAUCUUUGGGACAUUUUCUCAUUAUCUGUGCUCUUUACACAUAUAAAUAAAUCGUACAUAAUUCA